AUGGAGGAUGGAACAGAGCAAUCAAAUUCUGCAGUUGGUGCUGGGCAUUCGAUUCAAGGUGUUUUGCAUCUUGCUAUUGUUUUUGCAUUUGCUCCUUUUGCUUUUUUGUAUGAUUUUGUGAUUCAUUUUAGUGAAGGCAUUGUGGAUGGUUCAGUGAGUUCAGAUCAAGCAGAUGUAGACAAUGAUGGAUCUUCAUCAAUUCCAGUUGAUCAAGAUUUGGUUGGUUUGGUAGUAAGUAAUGUUGAUGAGGCUUUUGAGUUGUAUAACAAUUAUGCAUAUAGACUUGGUUUUAGUGUGAGGAAGGGUCAUCAACGCUACAAGGGAUCUACUAAGACAAUUCAAAUGAAGAACUUUUGUUGUUCUAAGUCUGGUUAUAAGGCAAACAGUGGGGUUAAGGCUUAUUCCAAAAUUGACACAAGGACAGGGUGUGAAGCAUUUGUUCAGUUUGAUGUGGGUGAUGAUGGGUUGUGGACAGUUACAAAACACGAGAAAGUGCACAAUCACGAGUUAUGUGUGUUCAACAAGAGUCAUCUACUUCGUUCACAUAGGAGUGUCGGAGAUAAUCAGCUCUUAUAUUUACAAGGUUUGAAGGACAGUGGAGUUGCACUGGCGGAUGGUAUUAGGUUCCUAAAACACCAAUCAGGGGGGUCCCCAUUAGUUAGUUUCACCAGUAGAGAUGUUUAUAAUUCAAUGGCUGCUGAUAUAGUUAAGCGAUUGGAUGGAACGGAUUCUAACUCUUUAAUUGAAAUUUUUAGGAGGAGGCAGUCUACCGAGUCUGAUUUUUUCUUUGAUUUUGAACUUGAUUUGGAUGCAAGAUUGUGCAGUUUCUUUUGGAGGGAUGGUCAAAUGAGACGAGAUUAUGAGAUGUUUGGGGAUUUUUUAGUGUAUGAUACGACAUAUCGCACAAACAAAUAUGAUAUGAUUUAUGGCCCUUUCGUAGGGAUGAAUCAUCAUUGCAUGAACGUAAUGUUUGGAUGCGGGUUUUUGAUGAACGAGAGGAUAGAAUCGUUUGUGUGGCUGUUUAAAGUGUUUUUAAGAUCUAUGGGUGGCAAGUAUCCGCAGUCUAUUAUGACAUAUCAAUGUGCAGUUAUGGCUGCUGCUAUAUCUAAAGUGUUUCCAACAUCACGUCACCGUCUUUGCAUAUGGCAUAUUGGCAAUGCUUGUCAUCAAGAAAUGGUGUUGAAUGAUGGCCAUCAACAGAAGUAUCACGUGUGGCGGCCAGAUAUAGACAUUACAAGUAUCCCUGACAAAUAUGUCCUUAAAAGAUGGACUAAAAAGGUUAUUGAUGGUAGGAAUGUCAACAUUGAUUCUAUAGUUUAUAAUGUUGGCAUCCCUCCAUCAAUUUGGGUGUUCGAUAUUAGUAGGAAAUUUCAAAGAUUAGUUGUUUCUAGUCAUGAUAGUAGUGUAGCUAGGAAACUGUGUGAUGAAGCUGUUGAUGAUGUAAAGAAAAAGGUUGAAGCCGAGAUUGGGUAUGUGCAUAUUGAAGAGUGUGGUGUUUCAUCUUCAAGUGGUAGUGUACAAAAUCCUUCAAGCCGGAGAUUGAAAGGUGAGCGUAAUAAAAGGAGGAGUGGUGUUAUUGAAAAGAAGUACAGUCUUGCAAGGGGGAGAAGGAGUGCUGCAAAUCAAGCUGCAUUGAGUACAAAGGGUGCUGUCCAGUCUUUGGUGUUGGAAGACAUAUCCAAGCUUGCUGGGGAUGGAUACCUCGUACAUCCAAGUUCUUCGAGUUCAGAUUUUGUUCAGUUUAGUAAGGGUUUAGAUGACAAUGUAGGUGUAGAUUGA